AUGAGACGCUGGAGACAACCAACCAUGAAAGGUCCAACACAAACGACACCCCAGACGACUCCAGAGGUGACUCCAGAAACUUCACCCAAUGAUACGUCGUCUCGAAUAGAACGAAUGAAAACACUCGAGGAAAAGCUGAAACUCAAGAAGGCAGCUCUGGCAAACAUGCAAGAACGGGUUUUUUCCACACAGCUAGAAAUCUUGGAAUUGCAAGACCGAAAGGAAGGCCGUGUGCACAAACUGGAUUCGCAGGAUACACGAGCGGUGGGUGAGGUUUCUGUCGACACGGGCAGUGAUUGGGGUGACGAAGAAUCGUCGACGCCCGACAUUGAAUUCAAGCUAUCCUGUUGA